AUGUCCCAUUACGGCGGUACUCCCCAGCAAGGCUACGGAGGUGAAUACUACGGCCAGCCGCCCCAGCAGGGUGGUCAGGGCUACCCACCGCAGGGAAAUUACGGCGCCCCGCCUCAGCAAGGCUACUACCCUCCUGAACAACAGCAACAAUACGGCCAACAACCCUAUGGCCAACAGGGCCACCCGCCUCCCUACAGCGAGAAGGGCUACCCCGGCGGGCAGGGCGGAUACGGAGGUCAGCCACCGCAGCAGGGCUAUCCUCAGCAGGGUUACCCUCAGCAGCAGGGCUACCCCCCGCAGCAGGGCUACCCGCCCCAACACGGCGGCGAGAGCGCUUCGUACUACGGCAACGCACCCCCCGGCGCGCAGCAGGCAUACCCGCCUGGCGCGGUAGGACCCGAGGGCGAGCGCGGCCUAGGAUCGACUUUGAUCGGCGGUGCAGCGGGCGGGUUUAUGGGCCAUAAGAUGGGUGGUGGAGCGAUGGGCACUGCGGGCGGUGCGAUCUUGGGUGCAGUGGGUGCGAAUGUUGUGCAUCAUGAAUAG